AUUUAAUUGAUACGCACACUAGCAAAGAGUUCUACUGAUUACUGAUCUAAGUAAUAUUGGACAAAAGUUGGUAUAACAUUAAACACGUUUUGAUUCAAAUUUUUUAUUAAUAUUUAUGUCCCCAUUAAAAUCCUGACUCCUCCCUGGUCCCCGAUCAUUCCAAUAUAAGUUGUCUCAAUUGAAGGCUAGUGACAUUCAAAUGGCUGAAAAACAGGAAGAUCAUAACAGUGGCCAUUCUGUUGGUUUUCAUUCUGGAAUUUCUCCAAAAGACUGCUGAAAAUAGUAUGAGUAAUGGCAUGUGGAAUGUGCUCUCUAAUUUUUUGAUUUACGAGAAAAACAAUGCAGAUCUAUGUAGUCAGUUCAAGUGUUAUCUUGUUAUCCACAUCUUUCUUCCUUUAUUUUCUUUUGAAACUAUUUGCUCAUCUAUAAAUUAGGUGGCAAUAGUGUUAUUUAUUUUUUAAUUACUUUCAUCUAUUUAUCUAGUUAAUAAGAAUUUGUAGUUAGUGUCACUCCGUCCAUUGUGUUUACGACCUCAUCUAACAGCUUAAGCCCUUAGACAAGGGAUUCAUUUAUUAUUUCUAUAUGCUCUCUCACUCAUGUGCAGACCAAAUUGAUUUUUUCACUAAAGACCUUUGUGCAUUUUUUUUCAUAAAUGGACAGGAGCAAGACUUGAAUGGAGGUGGACAAACAGUCUGUGUUAAGAAAGAACCAGUCAAGAUGGGAAAGGUAGAUUUUGGUCGUCAUAAAAAAUCAAGUGGAAAAGAGCAAAACAAAGGAAUCAAAUGUGCUCCAAUGCCUUUUCGAGCUGUGAGAAAUAUCAACAGCAUUGUAAAAACUGAAUCUGAUAUGCAAUCUGCUUUGGUCCCAUGUGUUGCAGCCAAUCCCAUUUUGGUGGAAGUGAAAUGCCUAUCUUACGUGGAAUUGUCGACAUUUCUUCCACCAUUUGAAGGAAGAAACGAGGGAGGAAACUCGCAGCUCAUCUUCCUUAGAGAUUCAGUUGGCAGACUCUGGCCAGUUCUGUGCACUGUAAUAUUGGAUGUUACAGCACUUGUAGAUGGAUGGCAACAAUUUUGUCAGAAAAACGAUAUUCGGCUAGGUGAUUUAUGUAAACUUAAAUGUGAAAAUAGCGAUCAGCGCAUCUAUGGGGUCGACGUUGACGUAUCAGCAAAUCAGUUGGCUAAACUAAAUUUCUAGAAGCUGGAGCAGUGGUCAUUUGCUUAUUUUCUAAACCGAAUUUAGUCUAUUUGUUUAGAUAACUUUAUUUUUAUUUUCUUUUAGGUAAAAAAGUUACUUUCUAAAAGUAGAGUUUAGUCUUAAUAUGUUCACCGGCAAACAAAUUCAAAUUUUUUGAAACUUAGCCAAACGUGCACCUUGAUCUAGGCCUUCUUAUGAUCUUUCUGUAUUCUUUCUUCAAACUUUAAUCUAAUUCCAUUGUGAAAACUUAUUCCUUAAA